UUAGUUUCAAUCGGUCGCUCGUUGGCAGAACAUCGAAGGUCCGGGUCGUGACGCUUUUCGCCCGAACGUUUUUUGCACGAGUUUUUUCCAUACGUAUUUGUUCAUUGACAAAAACUCAAGCUGCGCUCUGUGCGUGCGUGUGUAUGUGUGUGUGCGAGUGAGUGUGUGUGUGCUGGCGCGUCUGUGUGAGUGCGGUGCUUUGUGUGCAGAAUAAUUUUUGCAAACAUUAUGUAAAUGCGCAAAUUAAAGUUCAAUCGACGCCCGUUUUGAGUACGAAACCAGAUCGCCUUGCUUUAAGUGCCACGGAGCUACAGUUUCUUUUCGUACCCAAUUUUUCAAAGAUAUACUCCCUCAGUAGGCAGGCACGCACACAAACAUACACAGGAUCUCAAACGAUCCCCCGGAUAUACCUUUACCGUUAGGAAAAUUCAAAAUGGCCACGACAGCGGCCGCAAUGGCCGCAACGAGUGUAGUUGUUCUGGAUCGCGGAAACAAUACAACCUGCACCAUCAACUUGCACGGUGCGACGGUCGUGUCCUGGCGGGUAAACAAUCAGGAGCAGUUGUUUGUCAGCAAACUAGCCUCAUUCGAUGGCAAGAAGGCGAUACGCGGUGGGAUUCCCUUUGUCUUCCCUCAGUUCGGUGCGUGGUCCUUUGGGCCGCAGCAUGGAUUUGCGAGGAUUACCAGGUGGCACCUGGAGAGACCGCCAGACAGGCUUCACAAUGGCGAUGUGGAGGCCAUAUUUUCGCUGAUGGACAACGAUUUUACGCGAUCCAUAUGGAAUUAUCAGUUUCGCAUCACUUAUAGGCUGAUCCUGCGCGAAAAGGAGCUGCACUUCCACAUCGGCGUCUACAAUCCCAGCAAGGAGCUGAGCUUCACCUUCAACAUGCUGCUGCACACCUACCUAAAGGUGCCCGAUGUGCGCCGAUGUCAGAUCACCGGCCUCCAGGGCUGUCACUUCAUCGACAAGACGCGGGAGAAUGCGCUCUAUCAGGAGGGACGCGAGGUGGUCACCGUCAAUGAGUGGACCGACAGGAUCUACCAGCACACGCCGCAGGAGCACGUCAUCACAAACGUGGUGUCCGGCAGGAAGAUGAGACUGCACAAGUACAAUUUUCCCGAUACGGUCAUCUGGAAUCCUUGGAUCGAUCGAUCGCGUGAGAUGAGUGACUUCGGGGACGACGAGUUCCCCAACAUGUUGUGCGUGGAGGCGGGCAAUGUGACAUCGCCGGUGAUCCUGCUGCCGGGCACCGCUUUCGAGGCCAGCCAGAUCCUUCAGGUAGAGCAGCCGGUGCUGGAGUAACCCCAUCUAACCCAUCCUAACAACCACACCUGUUCCCACACCCAGCAAUUCAAGUGUCCCUAUACCAUAGACCCAUCCAGCUGCAGGAAGAAAAACUAUCUAACCAACUUCUUACAAUACGACUAGAGUCGAUCAAGACACCACCAUAUUCCAAUUCAAAUUCUUUACUUUGCAUGCUAUCAGAUUAUCAUCGAGGGCAAUGUGAGUCGCAAGACCAAGCGGAAUCGCUAGCGUUUAAAGAAUCGGAACCCGAUGAGGUAAACCGAUUCGCAACCAUGUCAAAGCGCACUUUUCCACAGAUGAGCAUCUGCGUCCGGAGUAGCUGGCGGAGAAUCAGGAUGAACAGAAGGAGGGUUGUUCCCGCACGGUCUCUAGACUCUAAUCUAUCUCUUAAGUAAUCUAGCAAUGUGUUGUGCAGAAAAUGAUAAUGAAUAGUACACUUAACUUUGUUUAUCAUCCUUAGUUUGUGCCUACUUAAAGGAAAUUGUGCAUUGAUAGUAGUUACAUUAAGUUUUACGGAUUAGGAAGUGAAAGAGCUGGAUCUUAAAAUAAUGGAACGAUCCCCUAAAAAGUAGCAUUAAAUCUUGGUUACCAUACAAGAUAUCUGCGUCCAUUGUGAUGACCUCACUUUUUGCUUCGGAAUCUUACCUACACUCAGCAAAAAUACGCGAAAUAAUGUUAUGAGCAAUGGGCACUACUAGCUCUGGUCAGCACCCAAUCAAGAAGUUGUAUACGAUUGAAUAUAGAUAACUUACAUAAUGUUUUAAAGCUAAUAUGUGUAAUAUACUAAAAGCAAUUAUAUGUACCAAUUAAUUAAAUAAUCAAUGUAAUUGUAACUUUAAAAUCAAAAGGAUGUACUUGAAACUUUGCAGAUUACAAAUAUUUCACAGU